AUGGGACUCCAAGUAUGUAGCAGCGGCAGCAGCAGCAGCAGCAGCAGCAGCAGCAGCAGCAAUAGCAGCAGCGACAGCAGCAGCAGCGACAGCAGCAGCAACAGCGACAGAAGCAGCAGAAAUGGAUGCGAAAUAGAAACGGGAAAAGAAACAGCAACGUCAGCAGCAGCAUUCGUAACAAUAGCAGCAGCAGCAGGAGCAGCAGCAGCAGCAGGAGCAGCAGCAGGUGCACCAGCAGAACCAGCAGCAGGAUCAGAAGCCACAAUAGGACAUAAUGAGCAGCAGCAACAGCAGCACUGGAAGGGACAGCAGCAGCAGCAGCAACAGAAUCAACAGCAGCAACAAAAGCAACAACAGCAGCAGCUCCACCCUUCAAACAGCACAAAAAUCAGCAAGAAUACGGGCAACAGCAGCAGCAUCUGCAGCAGCAGCAGCACUGCAGAAGCAGCAACAGCAGCAGCAGCAGCAACAGCAGCGGGAAGGGAAGAAGAACUCACUGCUGCAAUCGAGGUGUACAGACACCCGGGCCUCGCUGCGCGGCUCCCGACUGUCUUCCGAGAGACGUUAGAGGAGGCGUGGGUUGAAACCACUCGUGUUGCUGGCGCUAGAAAUACUUCAGCUGCAGUGGCAGCAGCAGCUGCUGCUGCCGCUGCUGCAGGUGGUGCUGCUACCGCUGCUGCUGCUGCUGCUGCUGCUGCUGCUGCUGCUCAUUUGUCUGCAGCAGCAGGUCCCGUGUCUGUCACGCCUCGCUUCGUAACGGGAACAAACGCAUGGAGAGAAGAGACGGAGACAGGAGAAUUAUAUUCUUAUUUAGCUGCUGCUGAUGCUGAUGCUGCUGCUGCUGCUGCUUACCGCAGCCCCCGCAGACUCACAGCAGCAGAAACUGCUGCUCUCUUCGAGCCGUCCCCGCCGCUGCUGCCGCAGAGGCGACGCAAAGCAGCAGCAGAAGCAGAAAAUGAUGAAAACUGGAAUAUCGACCAGCAGCAGCAGCAGCAGCAGCAGCAGCAGCAGCAGCAGCAGCAGCAGCAGAGGAGCACCGCCAGUGAAGGGGAGACGGAAGAGGACCCCGCAGCCGUCGAAGCAGCAGCAGCAGCAGCAGGCGAGAGCACAACAGUAACAGCAGCAGCAGCAGCAGCAGCAGCAGCAGCAGCAGCACGGAGCUCGGAAAGAAGAGCAGCAAACGAAGGAGCAGCAGCAAAAAGGCGGCUUGUUGUUUGUCCCGAUGAGUUUUCUGAAUCUGAUGAGCAGCUGAGAAACUCCAUUUUAAAAGAAGCUGGAUUUACAGAAGAGAUGAGCUGCGACAUCUACGGCGACAGCAGCCGCGCAGCAGCAGCAGCAGCGAGAGAGGACACGGCGGGGGGAACCCAAGCGAAUGGCCCCACCGCUGCAAGCGCAGCAGCAGCAGCAGCAGCAGCAGCAGCAGCAGCACACCCACCACCCCCCGCAGCAGCAGCAGCAGCAGCAGCAGCAGCAGCAGCAGCAGGAAAGAAAGUUUGGAAGCAAAUAAUGAAACUUCCUCCAGAAUAUCUUCCCCCGAAUUCCCCAGAGUGCCAGGGCGACAGCAGCUGCAGCAAAGCUUACUGCGCGUUUGUGGACUGCAGCAGCAGUGAGUUUUUUGGGUUUUUUUGUUCAUUUUUUUUCCUUUUUUCUCCUUUUUAA